AUGAUGAGACCCGACAUCAUGGGGGGAUACGCGACCCAUCACACUUUCCUCGUCGGUGCUCAAGUGGUUCUCACAGCUUCUCCUCAAACGAUGUGGGGCAAGAUCCAGGACGGGGCCCCCUACCAGUGGGCGAGCAGGGGCAAGCAGGCCCCAGAGCUCCUGGUGAUCCUACGCAGAGUGGUGAGGAUGGCGAAAGAGUGGGGGACACCUACGUGGGUCAUCAAGUUGGACGUGCGCAAGGCGUUCGACAGUGUCUGGCAAGAAUCCAUGGGCGACCUAGUGGCAAGGCAGGGCUCCCCCGAUAGCCCGGUGUUGUUUAGCCGAAUUAUCGCCGACGACCUUCAGAGGGCACUCCGCGACGCCCAACCCCUCCUGGGGGACAACCGGGGGCCUCCCCCCCCGCAUUCCGGGGGGGCAUUUAUGGAUGACACAUAUCUCUGGGGCUACAGCAAAGAGCACCUGCAAUACGCGCUGUCAAGUCUUGAAAGGCGGUUGGCAUCGCACGGAUUGGCGAUAAACCCGGCAAAAACCGCGAUCAUCCAUAGCCACCCACAAGGAGGGGGCACCUUCCUCAUCGGGGGGGAACAGGUGGCCUGCCUCCCCCACGGGUCCGUGAUCACAGCCCUGGGGUCACCCGUGACGUUCGGGGACACAGUACCAGUCCUGAUCUCCGAAAUGCAGCAUCGAGCGCGCAAGGCGUUUCACAAAAACGCCAAGUUGCUAUGCUCCCCCACACCGCUGAAGGCCCGGCUGAAGCUGCACCAAACCCUAGUUCGGGGGGCUGCGCUAUGGGGGGGGCAAUCCUGGCCAGUCACGGACGCCAUCAUGCGAGCAAUCAACAGCACGCAACUGCAGCAGAUCCGAAGGAUGAUGCACCCGGGGCGUAAGCCGGGGGAGACAUGGGCUGAAUGGAACGUACGCACACUGCGGGGGGCAAGGGUGGCAUUGCAGCAGUCGAAAGUCGUGCGUUGGAGCUCCUUUCAGUUGCAGCACACGUGGGAGCUCUAUGGACACAUGGCACGCUCCAAGCAUGGGGGGAGGGACAUGCUACAGUGGCGUAAUUUGAAGUGGUGGGAAGCAGAAAAGAACAAACCCAAGAGCCAGCGAGCAACACACGCACACAGGUACAACCCGUUCGUCGACACAGAGAGACAGAUCGUGCAGGUAGCCACACUCGAGUGGAUGGACAAAGCAUGCAACAUGCCAGUCUGGUCCGCACUAGCAGCAGAGUUCGUGAGACAGUUUGACGUGCCGUGGGCAACAGGCAAGCAGCCCAGCAUCCAGCCCACGACACCACCACGAGCACAAGCCGAACAGCGACAGCCACAGCAGCAUCCCGCGGAGGGGGCCCAGCCACAGCACAGCCACAACGCAGCGGGGCCACUGCCGCCAGCGGAGGCACACAGCACAGCACACGCUCCGGACCAGCAGCAGACAGAGGCAAGCACCAGCCUGGACGCCGCUGCACCACAACAGCAACAGCAGCUGCACAGGGGGUCCCCGCAGCCAAGCCGACCACGACGACCCACGCAGGGGCAAGCAGGACCACUCCCCCCUGCAGCCGGCCAGCCACCACAGCCUCCGCAAGCACCAACAAGCACGUGCAGCAGCAGCAGCAGCAGCAGCGGCGAAGACAGUUCAUGCCGUGCCACAGAGGAGGCAGACCCAUGGGGGGCGUGGAAGCCGGCACACGACGAGCCACCGGAAGACACAGACGCCGUGGACGACCUCGCCACACAGCACCGGCCAGCAGCAACCAACCAGCGGGGGUACGGCCUCAGUUACUACCCACCACCGAAGGCAACGACUGCACCAGCAACCGGAGGAGGUGACACAACCCUCCCAACCAGGCCAUACCGCGGCAACCUUGGAACAACGCAACCAGCCGAUGCAACACACCCGCGCUGGGUCAAACAAGACCACCAACACUGGCGGGACUUAGGUCCUGCCGUCGGCUUGCAUGAGGAGGAUAGCGAAAGCGAGUGGGACAGGGUGCUCGCACGAGAAAGGCCUCGGAGGUGGAAGCAGCCGGCGACGCCAGCCACCCCCACCGACUGGGGGGACCUCCUGAACAGGCACCUCCUCCCCCGCGAAGGGGAACAGCAAGCAGCCCAACCCGCAGCAGCAGACCAAGGGGGGCAGACCCAGCCACAACAACAAGAACAGCCGGCAGCAGCAAGCAAGCCACCGCGGCGCCAACAGACGGCAGCAGGGGGAAGCGGAGGACCCAGCGACCGCCGACGAACACCCGCCCCAGCCACCACAACAGCGGCAGAAGAAGACAGCACUAUGGAGGGGAACUUCAACCACCUCAUCCUCAGCCAAGGGAGGGGACAGCGACCCGCCACAGCCCCACCUGAGUUACCAGUCGGCAGGGGGGUCACGCUCCACAUGAGGUCGGGGCCCUUCGGCAUUUGGGCAGCAAUCACCACGCACUCACAAGCCACAUUUGCAGCUGACUACGGCCCCCAACCAGCACGCAGCUACACCAGAGCCCGACAAACACUGCGCGACUCCGAACCAGUCCCUGACGCCUACAUCGGGGUCAACACAGCGUUUGCCCUCUUCCCUUGGGGGGAAAUACAGCACGGGGCGCCAGAAAAGUUCCUCAUGUGGGUCACCGCCACAGGGGGGCAACGAGACCCAGAUGGAGCCGACAUGCACCCCGGCGAUGCCUAUCUCCUUGAAUGGGAUAGGGGGGAGCAACGGUGGCGCCCAGGCAACCUUCCACGCAAGGUCGCACAGCAGUACUACUACGACUGGGGGAGACACAGGGGCACGCCUGCCAUCACCCGCCCACCACCCAAUGGAGCAACAUAUCCCCUAGGGCAGUGGGAACAGAUGGCCCUCAAUCUCAUCCCGAGACCUUACACCAUGGGGGGGCAGGCAAGCAGCAGCAGCGGGGCACCCUCCACGUCGCAACCACAGCCAUCCCCCGCCUUGGCCCCAGCACCGGCCCAGCAGCGACGACGAGACACAGAAGCCGACCAGCCGUCUCUCAUGCAGCAACAAGUAGCCCAGACACAACUCGACGAUACAAUAGGGCAGCCUAGCCGAGCCCCCGAAGCUACAGGGAGCCAUGGGCCGUCGCCAGCGGGGGCACCGCCGGAAGAGGUGGCCAGGAUGCUGCGAUGGCUGAGAGAGUUGGCGCUUUGGGCCACCGAACAGCGAUUGCCCAUGCAGCUGCGAUACGAACUUGAGUCUGCCAUGGCCGUCUUGGGGGACUGCCUACACCAUGCGCGCCUGCAGCAUGGUACAGACCCACUAAGGGGGGUCAAAAGAAAGCAGACGAACCAGGUCAGCGAGGCCAAGCUACGACUCCUGGACAUCUGCGAGGGGUGGGACGACGAAGAGCCCAACCAGCACCAAAUCUAUGAGGACCUGAACGUGAUCAAAAAGAUGCUCAAGGAGGGGGAGCAGCAGUUCUACCUCAGCACACAGCGCCAAGGGAGGGCUCUCCUCAGACAAGGGGGAGAGGGCCUCCAACAG